AUCUAAAUUUAAAACUUUCUGUUUUAAAAUCACUAGAAACACAGCAGCCCAAACCUGGGACUUCAAACAAACAAAGCACAAUGCAGAAACAAGCUGAAAGCAGUGAGCAGCCUCCAGUGAUGACUCAAGAGCUACAUGGGGUUACUACAUUAGCUCCUUUGUCUGCAGCUCAGCUGACUGCUUUAACGCCAGCUGCAGUCCCUGUAACAAAAGCAAAAAAAGGUGUGAAAAGGAAGGCUGACACUACAACUCCUACUACUUCAGUAUUCAAAGCAAGCAGUGAAGCUUCUGCAACAUUUAAUGAAAGAAAAGCUGUUAAAGCAUGUAGAGGUGAAAAUGAAUGCAUGAUACCAAAUAAGCUUCUGAAGAGACAAUUGCCAGAUUAUCAACAGUCACCUGAAAUUCUUAAAAAGAUUCAGUUGUCAGAACAACUAAAAUAUUGUAAUGAAAUACUUAAAGAAAUGUUUUCGAAGAAGCAUGCAGCAUAUGCAUGGCCCUUCUUAAAACCCAUAGAUGUUGCAUCUUUCUCACUUGGUGAGAACCAAAGGAUCGCCAAAUGUCCUACAGACUUGGGAACCAUUAAAAAGAAAAUGGAUAAUUUUGAAUAUAGAAAUAUACAAGAAUUUGCUACGGAUGUUAGAUUAAUGUUCAUGAGCUGCUACAAAAAUAAUUCUGUGGACCAUGAAACAGUUGCUAUGGCAAGAAAACUUCAGGAAGUUUUUGAGAUGCACUUUGCCAAAAUUCCUGAUGAACCUGUUGCAAGUGUUCCACUGACACAGCCUACAAGAGAAAUGACAGAAGCUUACUCCAGUGAGAGCAAUAACAAUGAUGACUCUUCAGAAGAAAAAUCAUCUGAAGACUCUAAGCAGGAGAAAAGAGUGCAUGUUGCUAAGCUUCAAGAGCAACUUAAAGCUGUUCACCAGCAGUUGCAGGCCUUGAACAAAGCAUACUUACCUAGACUGAAAAAGAAAAAAGGGAAAGCUAAAAGGGAGAAAAGAAGUAAGAACAAGGAAAAAGACAAAACAAAUAGCUUGAUUCAAAAGAAGAAAAACCUAAAACACAAGAAGAAAUCUAAGAAAAAGCUGCCUUUAAACAUUCAAUCAAAGAAAAUCAUGCAGCAGGUCUUGUUGGCACAUAAGUCAGAAGAUGAAGAUGGUGCCAAGCCUAUGAAUUAUGAUGAAAAAAGACAGUUGAGUUUAGACAUAAAUAAACUCCCUGGAGAUAAGCUUGGGAAAGUAGCCCAUAUAAUACAGUCAAGAGAACCUGCACUGAGGAACUCCAACCCUGAUGAGAUAGAAAUAGACUUUGAAAUUUUAAAGGCUUCAACACUCAGAGAACUAGAGAAAUAUGUGGCAACCUGUUUGAAAAAGAGACCAAGAAAGCAGCAAGCUAAAAAAACAACAAAGUCAAAAGAUCAACUUAAUUCUGAGAAGAAACAAGAGCUAGAGAAGAGACUACUGGAUGUCAAUGGUCAACUAAACCCAAAGGAAAAGAACCUCAAGAUUGAAAACAACUCAGAAUCCAGUAUUGGACUAAGCAGACUGAGCGAAAGCAGCAACAGCGGAAGCUCCUCGGACUCUGGCAGCAGUACUAGCAGUGGUUCUAGCUCCUCGGAUAGCAGUGACUCUGAAUUGGAUACAGAAACCUGCUCAAGACAGACUGGAGCUAGGCUAACUUCUACAGAAAAGCCUAAGAGGACAUCCUGCAAUGCUGUUGUGCAAGCACAGCCCUUGUCUCUUACUAAUAGCUUGCAAAACUGUGGAUCAUUUGAACUGCAGCAGCCACCUUCCAAUGUACUGCAGAAGCUUCAACCUUUACAGAAUAGAUCACUUAAACCAUCAGAACAAAAUUCCCAGUGCCCCUCAGGUAUAAUCUCAGCUCUGUUUGCUCUGCAUGAUGUUCCAGAUCAGCAAACUCCUCAGAGUACUCCAAGGAUGAAUCAGUCUUCUGUCACCCAGUGCACACACGCUCUUAGAGCCAUGGAAACUGGGGCUUUUGGGGUCAUAGAUGAGGUUGUGAAAUAUUUAGUCACUGUUGCUUUCUCUCUUAAUAUGUUCUUGGAGAGAAUUCUGGUACCUAACACACCUUCCCAGGUUGACAGUGCUGAUUGGAGUAAACAAGCUGAGGAAACAAUACAUCUAAACAAAUCAAAUAACCUUCAAAACAAGAUCAGUGAGAGAACUGCUGAUUCAAUAUCCAUAAGUCAAGAACAAAGUCAUUGUACACCUACUGAUAAACCUAACAGUGAAAACAUACUAGAGCCAAAAUCCAAAGUUCUUCCAACAAAGGAUACAGGACUUAAGAAUGUAAAUUCCUGGGCAAGCUUAUGUAAAACAAUGACGCUUCCAGCUCCGAUAAAGACAUCUGCUGAGUGCUUCAAACAAUUCAGGCAAGUCGCAUUAAAGAGGAGUCAGGAAGCACAGGAGUUAAAAAGGCCUCUGGUGCAAGCUGAGAGGGAACUGCAAAACCUUCCUCAAGAAAAAGAAAGGGGCCGUGAAGGCACAGGCUUGGAGGCUAUAGCAGUGACAGACUGUGAGCCCCAAGAAGAAGAGUAUAAGAGCAAAAAACUGCCCGAAGCUCAACAACAUGCUCUUGUUCAAGACCGUAAUUUGGCUAGAAAAAUGGAACAGGAACGCAGAAGGAGAGAAGUAAUGGCUCAUGUAAUUGAUAUAUAUCUGCAGAGGGAUAUUAUGGCAUCCUUUGAAGAAUAUCUUGAGUCUUGA